UGUUCUGUGUCAUAUAGUUUGGGAUCAUUGUUUGGGAAAGUGUUUUUCUACUGGGUAGAGUGUAUGUGGGAUUUAGGGCUUUGACAAAGUUUUUCAUUCCUUUGUCCUCCACAAUGGAAAAGGGUUGAAAAUCAGAAGCUACCAUUUUAGCCAACUCAUCAUCAAUACUGUGCUGUUUGGCUGGGGUCAUCAGUUUAGGUAAAAACUGACUUAUUUUGCUUUGAGUUGCAGUAGGAGAGGUUAUACUUGCACGCAUGGGGAUGGCAGUAGACGUUACAGCAGCUGUUGUUCUGGUAUGAGACACACCAGGAUCAGUAGAUGGUGAGCUGGCUUGCCCUCUCUCCUCUAACUGCACUGUAGGAUGGACAGUUCUGAUAUGUCUAUGCAGGUUUGUGGUGGAACCUGCUCUUAUAGUGACCUUCGUUUUGCAGUGAAGGCACUUUGCUUUGUUGUUCCCAAUAUCUUUAAACUGCAGCCAGAUGCUGCUUCGCUUUCUAGUGUCACUCAUAGUUAAACUACACGACAAUGCAAGACGCACACACGCUCCUCAGUCCUCACCGCUCUGUCUCUCUCUUCACUUGCAGUGGAGUCAAGUGGUGUGUCUGCCCCGCCCCCUCUCUGUUUACACAUCCUUAAUUCUCACGUGAAUGCCGCAUGCUGGUCGCCAUGCUGGCCAAUCAUAACAGACCUCUGUCAUAACCAGAGCUGGGACUGAGCACUGAAAGUGAAACCUAAGCAGCGAAUGGGCAAAAAACUGGGAGCCGGCUCUCACUCGAUGCGAGCCGGCUCUUCUGAUUCACUACAAAGAGCCGGCUCUCAGAGCCGAUGCUUGUGCGCAUGACCCAUCACUACUUUACCUCAUUAACGGUUUUUCCUGAUUGAGAAAGCAUCGAACCGAUCCUGAGGAGACAUGCAUCGUCUGAAAGACUUCGUCCGUCCGUCUGUUCCCCAUCGGACGACAUCGCUUUAUUUUUAUUUAUGGCAGCAGGCUCGAUUUAAAACGCAGCCUGGGCCUGACGUUACUGUGCAGUCCGGACUGAAGCGGUUCAGCACGGCAGAGGCGACUGUGCAUACGGGACAUGGACACCCAGUCAGGAUGCGAGAGAAGAGCCUGACCAUGGCGACCUUAAACCCGCAGGUGAAAGCAGUGGAGUACGCUGUGAGAGGACCCAUCGUUAUUAAGGCGGGAGACAUCGAGAGGAGGCUGCAGCAAGGAGUGAAAGAGUCUUUCACAGAGGUGAUCAAAGCCAACAUCGGUGAUGCCCAUGCCAUGGGUCAGCAGCCAAUCACUUUCCUCCGUCAGGUGGUGGCUCUGUGUUGUUACCCACAGCUGCUGGAGAGUCCAUCUUUCCCUGAAGAUGCCAAGCAACGAGCCCAGCGCAUUCUGCAGGACUGUGGAGGACAGAGCCUAGGCUCGUAUAGUGCCAGUCAGGGGGUGGAGUGUAUCCGUCAGCAUGUUGCUGACUACAUCACACAGAGAGACCAGGGUGUACCUUCUGAUUGGAACAACAUCUACCUCACCACAGGGGCCAGUGAUGGCAUCAUGAGCAUCCUGAAGCUGCUAGUGUCGGGUCAGGACACCUGCAGGACGGGCGUGAUGAUCCCCAUCCCUCAGUACCCGCUGUACUCUGCAGCCAUAUCAGAGUUGGAGGCAGUGCACAUUAACUACUACCUGGAUGAGGACAAUUGCUGGGCACUGGACAUUGAAGAACUGCAGCGAGCUUACCUGACUGCCAAACAACACUGCCAGCCCAGAGUCCUCUGCAUCAUCAACCCUGGAAACCCCACCGGUCAGGUGCAGAGUAAGAAGUGUAUAGAGGAGGUGCUCCACUUCGCCUAUGAGGAGAAUAUGUUUGUCAUGGCUGAUGAGGUUUACCAGGACAAUGUGUACUCGUCAGACUGUCAAUUCCACUCCUUUAAGAAGGUCCUCUAUGAGAUGGGCCCUGAGUACUUCAACAAUGUGGAGCUGGUUUCCUUCCACUCCACCUCUAAGGGCUACACUGGAGAGUGUGGUUUUCGUGGAGGCUAUAUGGAGGUGUUGAACAUGGAUCCACAGGUGAAGGUCCAGCUGAUCAAACUGCUUUCUGUCCGCCUCUGCCCUCCUGUCGCUGGACAGGCAGCAAUGGACGUCAUUGUAAAUCCCCCCAAAGAGCACGAGCCCUCAUAUGCGCAGUUUACCAAGGAGAAGAGCUCAGUCCUGGAUGUCCUGGCUCACAAGGCCAGGCUUACAGAGCGAAUCCUAAACUCUGUGCCUGGGAUCAAAUGCAACCCUGUCCAAGGAGCCAUGUACGCCUUCCCUCGGAUAUUCAUCCCACCGCGAGCCAUUCAGGAAGCCCAGGCGCGCUCCAUGGCUCCUGACAUGCUGUACUGUCUCAAGCUGCUGGAGGAAACUGGGAUCUGCGUGGUUCCAGGAAGUGGUUUCGGCCAGAGGGAGGGAACCUAUCACUUCAGAAUGACCGUCCUGCCGAGCCCAGAGAAACUCAAAGUCCUCCUCGGGAAGCUGAAGGACUUCCACCUCUGCUUCCUCGAGGAGUAUUCACAAGAGGAGCCUCAGCUCAGCAGGAGCAGCCAACACCAACACAGAGAAAAUUCAAAGCCUGAUGCUUGAACUGACAGCUUGUGUAACGUUAAUGCUGCUUUGAGUUUGAACAUGUGUUACAGAAAUAUUGUGCCUUCUCUUCAGAUGAUAUUUGAAGAGCCAAAGGAUCCUCUACCUUAGACAAGUGGCCCUCUCCGUAUGAAGAGAACACACAGUAUAGUACCUGAUCUCUUUAAGAUCUCAGUUCCUCCUGCUUUCAUUGCUCUUUCCAGCCACACACAUUCAUUUGGUGUUUGGCUGAGGACUUCAAACAUCUGGUUCUUGCACACAGAUUAGGCAUAUGAGGAGUUGUAUGCUUCUAUAAAUGCCUCUAUAAAAGUUCAGCUACAACAUUUUUCAAAAGUAAUUUCUUGUUUGUUUGUUUUUGUCCUAUAUAACAUUAAAGGGUUUGUUCUG